AUGGAUCUCACAAUCCAUCAUCUCAAUCCGAUCGCUUCCACGACCAUCAGAGUCGACCGAGACGCUAUCUGGGUAGGUCUCAACUCAGACACAGCCCUGAUCCCUGAUGCGGCAAUAAUCUUUAGGAAUUUACCUGAUCCAGGGUGGAGCGUCGACGAUUUUUCCGAUUCAGGCCAAGUUUUGCCUAUCGACACAGUCAGAAGCCCACACUGGUACAGGGACGACGAGCAAUGGGCGGCGUGGACGCCAACCUCAUUCCUUCUUAGUGAACGUCCUUGGUACGACCAGCUCGAAACGGCUGUCCCAGUCGAAGAACGACUCGAUGGAUGGUCCAUGGCAGAGGAGCAACGCCAGAUCUGCAGCGGGGACCUCAUCCGUACCCAAGCCUGCGUACGCAGCAUAGUGGAAUUCGAUCAACGAUUCCCCCCCCACGCGAAAGUCCCGCCUCAGUACCCAACCGAGCGAUUAGCCAAAGUCUACGCAACCAAGAAAUUGGUUCAAAUCAACGCGGCGAAGGCGAAAUGCUCCGUUUUACAGGCUCUCGCCUUUAUGGCAUGGUGGACAACAAUUAUGCCGAACUGGGAGGUUGAGCUCAAUGACACAGCGGCGGAGACAAUUAGUAGGCUCUUAGCGACAACGAAGGGCAAGCGCGGAAUUAUCUGCGAUCUCGAGAGGGACUGGUCCGUCAUCAACAUCCCCCUGUACAUUCAACACGACAUACCAGUCUUCUACCUUUGGGAUUUCGACGUUAGAGCGGACCCACGUUUCAGCAGACUCAACCCAGCCCUGAACCUAACUUACUGGGCCGUCAGACAAGGGACCACGUUAACCCUUCACCCGGACAUUGCAGAAGACGAUCUCAACAGAGUUGCUCGUGACGCAGUAAAGUUGGACCAUUAUUUCCAAGAAGUCUUCACGUAUCAGUCAGCUGCCGACCCACCCAUCCUUUCAUCCUACACACCCUUCGUCAUCGACUUCGUAGGAUGGAAACGCAGACCGAUCAACCGUCGGGAAGAGACAACCGAAUCUUUAGCGAAAUUUUACUAUUACGAUGUCUUCGACGAUAACGAGGACUACGACCACAAAGUGAUUGUUUUUUGGAGAUGGAGGAAGCGAGAACCGAGGGACGAUUAUCUUCGACGCCAAUACAAGACGAGCUUACCAGGGGAAGAAUAUGCAGGGUUGAUCAGGGAGUUAUACAAGUCUUCCUACGCGCCAAAACCCGGAGUAAUGUAUGACGAAGAUACGGGCUUGCGCGUUACCAAGGCCCGAUCGCUCAAUACCUCACCAUCUCUUCUGGAACGAAUGGGGGGCUCUCUCGUCAAGGGCAGGUUAUCCCUUCAAGACCGUUUAUCCGACGACGCGUCGCAGACUGACAUGUCCACCACACAGAGUUCUCUAUCCGACGAAGACUUCACGGCAGUUCGCAUCACCGAAGUCCCUGACACCCUAUACCACCCUCGAGCAAUUAACAGUCCAGCAGCAUGGAUCCGUCAUAACGAGGCCCUGCUCGAGAACGCUCGCCGAACCACCACAGCACGGCGGACAGCCCAAGGUAUCGAAGCAUCACCUUACCGUCGCUCCCAGUCGCCCACACAAAUAUCUGAACCGAUUCACUCAUCUCAUGAGCGCCCAGAAGUCAUGUUCCGAAGGUUACUGAAAGACGAAUCAGCGAAGAUAACCUACACCAGCAGCACAUGGUUCGCCCCUCACUUCGCGUGGAACCCUGAAUACCUGGAGGUGGCAUAUCUCUUCAUCCCGGACGUAGAGAGCGAGGCUCGACUUCGCUACUGGGCUAACUGCUGGGAUACGGUCGGCACAAUUCGCAGACUCCUCACCAUAGCCAUCGAGCAUGGUAUUCGCUUCUACCUAGCUCUACCGCCAGACUCUGUCAGACGAUUCCGCCCCAUCAUAAUCGACAGUUUGGACCGAAGCUCGGCAUCGUUCAUUUACAACGUAGGCUUCCAGGAGCCUCCACUCUCCCCAGCCGACAACGCAGCGACAUUCUGCGCGACGUAUCUAGCUCGGAUGAACGACCUUCUACGCCGCCCCCAUGCGCGCGCUUUCAUCGCGGAAGGAGGGCAGCUGAGCUGGAUAGCAAGAAGAUGGACAGGCUUGCGACUUGUCGAGGAAUUUAUGUCUGGACCCUCCAUCCAAACCACCGUUCAUAGCAGAGGAUUUUACGACUCAGCGUCCGAAGACGCUUCCUACCUUGCACACGAUAUCGUUUCAGAGCAGGAAAAGGAUUUAUUGUUAGGCUACUGUCCAGGCACGAACGGCUGCCUAGGCCGAUGGCUCUUCCCCCCAGCUGAUAUCUUCAAUGGCGGUUUCGAACUGUGGACAGGGGAAUGGAACGCCGCGCUCGAUCACAUCUACCGAAGACUCGCUGACGACAUCGCGAGAGGCAAGGCCAAACUUCGCACACGAGAAAAAUGGAAAUGUUGGAUCAGGAACAACGACCGAGGCCAACGCCGACCUGCUUACCUACCAUCCACUGCAGAUUUUCAGAAUGUAAUGGAAGGCAUCUCGAUCGCGGGAUUGAAGCCCACUUGGCACAAAGAACCGUUGGACGACAUCACCCUCCCCGAGAGGCGAUUGGAUUAA